AAUAACAAGAUUGUUCUUAGCAAAUAAUUUUUACAAUACCUACUUUUUUAGUACGACGAAACCAAGAAUUGAAUUGAAUAACCUGUUAAGCUAUAAAACAUAGAAAGCUAUUUGAAUACGCCACCAAUCACUUUAUAAACAAGUCGGAGUCAUCAGUCAAGUGCAAGUCACUGGAUUCUUGGAGCAGUGUCCUUGAAAUACGUAGGUUAAAAAUGUUAACUUACUCUCCUGAAGAAGUGGGCUUAGCGGACUCAUCGCCCUGCGCCGCAAUACGCGCGGAUCUUAAAAUGUGUUUACUAAACAGCGAUUGCUGUAAAAAGGACAAAAAGACUCCUCGAGAUUGUUUAAAAGAUGUGAAUUGUCCUGUAGAAUGUUUGCAGUUAAGAACCACCUUUUUUGAAUGUAAACGAUCAUUGCUAGAUGCCAGAAGAAGAUUCAGAGGGAAUAAGGGCUACUAAUAAAACUUAUUUUCCAAGUAGUUUAGGAAUAAUUGAAUAAUUAAAGUAU